AUGGCUGAGCAACUAAAAGAUGAGCUCGGCGAAGUGGUGGCCGAGCUGGAAGCCCUCGACGGGCAAGAGGAAUGUAAACAGAAUAGUAAAGCCAAACAGAUGAGCAUAGGAAGAAAAAAAUUUAAUAUGGACCCCAAAAAAGGAAUUGAAUACCUAUACGAAAAUGGACUUCUACAGAGGACGCCUGAAGACGUAGCACAAUUUUUACAUAAGGGUGAGGGAUUAAGUAAAACAGCGAUAGGUGACUACCUCGGUGAGCGGUCGGACUUCAACGAGGCAGUACUUCGGGCAUUCGUCGAGUUGCACGAUUUUACGGACUUAAUACUUGUACAGGCAUUAAGGCAAUUCCUUUGGAGUUUUCGUCUUCCCGGCGAGGCGCAGAAGAUCGAUCGUAUGAUGGAAAGUUUCGCUCAACGCUACUGUCAACUAAACCCGGAUAUAUUCACCAAUGCAGAUACUUGUUAUGUUCUAAGUUUUGCCAUAAUAAUGCUGAACACGUCGUUACACAAUCCCAGCGUGAAGGACAAGCCCACGCCCGAACAGUUCGUGGCUAUGAACCGAGGCAUUAACAACGGUGGCGACCUACCUCAGGAGUUACUCUUGUCUUUAUACGAGUCGAUAAAGACAGAGCCUUUUAAAAUACCCGAGGACGACGGUAAUGAUCUCAUGCAUACUUUCUUCAAUCCGGACAAAGAGGGAUGGCUGUGGAAACAGGGCGGAAGAUACAAGUCAUGGAAGAGAAGAUGGUUCAUAUUAAACGAUAACUGCCUCUACUACUUCGAAUAUACGACGGACAAAGAGCCAAGAGGCAUCAUUCCAUUAGAAAAUAUAUCGGUGCGCGCGGCGAGCGACCGGCAGCGGCCGCACUGCCUCGAGCUGUACGCGAGCGGCGGCGCGGACCUCAUCAAGGCGUGCAAGACGGACUCCGAGGGGAAGGUGGUGGAAGGCAAGCACACUGUAUACAGAAUGUCGGCAGCUACAGCGGAAGAACGCGAUGAAUGGAUCGAAUGCUUGCGUCGUUCUAUUAGCCACAACCCGUUCUAUGACAUGCUUGCUCAGCGUAAGAAGAAAGCUCAGCACAACCUGCACUCCGGUUCUCAC